AUGCUACGCAGUAUUCUAUUAUUUCUAUUUUUAACCAUAGCUGAAAUUCUGGCUGAAAAUACAACAGCGAUUGCAAUUCGACAAAAAAGACAAUAUUAUGUUUGUGGAACAUAUCCAAAUCAGUUCUACUCACUUUAUCGUGAGUUUGAAACUGUUAGAGAUUUGCCUCGUCAUAACUCAUAUUCAAACUUGAGUUGCAUAAUUUUUCAGCAUGCAGUGUUUGGACUCGCACAACAACUCGCUCCCCAUAUAAUAAUCAAUAUCAAUGCACAAACGGUGGUCAGAAAAUUGGAGUUGGUUGUUAUUUCAACUAUCAAUGUACACCAUAUUCCUCAGGAAGACAAACAGUUUGUCUGAAUAAUUGUUGCUGCACAGUUCCUACUCCAAUUAUCCCAAUCAUUCCUGUAACAACAACAACAACCACACAAAAUCCGAUAGCUACUCUUGCAUAUUGUUAUAAUGGGCAGCGAUCGCAGGUUCGAUGUACAACUUCAACAGAUUGUGCAUCUGGACAGACGUGUAUUAAUAAUAUUUGUUGCUCGACGACUGGAAAUGAGUAUACAGGUGAGAGAAGAAAGUGUGCUCUAAUGAGAAAUUCGUUUCUGAAUAGGAGAAUUCAAAACUUUUAGACAACUUUGUUAAAUAAUUUUCUAGGAGCUUGCGGUGGACUAUCUGCAGUUUCAUCGUGCUCAAACAACCAAUGUGGUGGUUUCACGUGCACAUCAUCAAAUUAUUGUUGUGAAUGUCCAUACGGAAGGACUAGCGGGCGCUGCACAGAUGUAAAAACUUUCAUAACUUGCUAUUGAAAAUGAAAUCCCUGUCCUAUUCGAAAGUUUUAUUGCAGGGUUGCCCAUCUGGUUAUUCCUGCAACACGAAUGGUUACUGCUGUGCAACUUGCUCAUCCGGCCGAGUUCCCUAUGGUUCAUGUUUCAACGGUCUCUGCGCAUCUGGCUACACUUGCCAAGCUGGAAAUAUCUGCUGUUAG